AUGAAAAAUGCGAGGUGCAAUUAUAAUAAAGAAGAUUUAAAAUUGGCUGUUGCUGAGGCUUCAGGUGGCAUGAAAGUUGCUGAACUUGCAAGAAAGUACAACAUACCAGAAUCAACAAUACGAGCAAGAAAAAUGAAUAAAUAUCAGGAUAAAAAACCUGGACCAUCAACUAUACUCAGCGAAGAAGACGAAAAUAAACUCGUUGAGUGGAUAUUUUAUUGUUGUCGACAAGGAUUCCCGGUAUCAAAACAGAAGUUGGUUGACAAUGUUAAAUUUUUAUGUGAUCAUAGCGGUAGAAAAACUUCUUUUGUAGACAAUAAGCCUGGAAGAGCAUGGCUUGAAGGUUUUUUAAGACGACACCCAAGUAUAUCGGAACGAGUAUCUGAAAAUUUGUCACUUACAAGAGCUAAGGUCUCAGAGCUUCAGAUACGUGGUUGGUUCAGUGGCAUUACUGACUACUACAGUGAAUUUUUUACUGAGGAAGAAUUUUUAAAAAUAGGUCCUGAAAGAAUUUUCAAUGGCGAUGAAAUUGGAGUUUCUUUAAAUCCGAAGCCACCAGCAGUACUUGCUCCAAAAGGGACGAAAAACGUUUACAAUGUAGUCGGCAGCAACGAGAAAGGAAACGUUACUGUUCUAGUCACCGCAAAUGCUGCUGGGGAUUUAGCACCAACUUUAUUGCUAUUUGCUGGGCAGAGUGUUCCAAAAGAUGUUAUCAAAGUUGGACCUCCAAAUUUUAGUUUUGGCCAUUCUGAGAACGGCUGGAUGACGGCUAAAAAUUUUUAUGAGUAUAUAACCAAUGUUUUUUUUCCAUGGGUAGUGGACAGCAAAAUUAAACUACCCAUUAUUUUAUACAUUGAUGGACAUUGCUCUCAUAUAACGUUGCCUUUAAGCAAAUUUUGCAGUGAAAAUAAAAUUAUUCUCGUAGCUCUUUAUCCAAACGCUACACACAUUUUACAGCCAUUAGAUGUUGCUCUUUUUCGGACGUUUAGAGCUGCUUAUAGACGAUCCUUUGAAGCUCUGUGUCAUGAUUCCGGUACCAUAAGCAUAAAGAAAUGUCAAGUUGCACACGUUUUAAAAAAAACUUUUGAAAGCUUAGACUUAAAAAAAAUUUUAGAGAACGGGUUCAAAACUUGUGGCUUACAUCCUCUUAAUGUUAAUGCAAUAGACUUCAGUAAAGUAUUCAAAAAAGACGGAAAUUUAUCUAGUGACACUCAAUGUACUUCUGAAGAGGUCAUAAAUACACCGAAGGAUUCAGCAGCUCUGAAAGUGAUUGAAAGCUUGAUAGAUAAGGAUAAAUUGGUAUCAUUCAGAGCACAUAAUAGUUCUGUUUGGAGAGGUAAAAAAGAAGAUAAAAGUCUCUAUGAUAUAUGGUUUAAAUUAAAUCAAUCAAAUGGCGGUACCAAUGCUGAUUUCUACACCGUACAUGACUCAGUCCAAGAACCAAAUAUUUCUCAGACUGAUGAAACGGAACAACCACUCUCUGAAAUGAUGCUACUACCGAUUGUGGAUGACCCAGAGGCAAACUUAUCAGAACAUGUUCUGGAUUAUGAUAAAGUACUUUAAUUAUUUUUCUACUUACUAACCCAAAUUUGUUUAAUUACUAACUUUAAUUAAUUAAAAAAUUUUGUAGAUACUAUACAUGAUAUUGA